GUCCAAAACAAUCCUGAUCGCUAACAAUCCGAGAAUAACUUUUCUGCUCUUCGUUUGCCGCUCAUUUAGUGUGUUGUGCAUGUGUGUGCUUAACCCAGGAAUAAAUUUUUCGCAGGAGCUUUUAGGUGUUGUAGCUUAACAUUAGACCAUAGGAACUGAAAAUGUCCACCGUAGAACGAAAGGAGUACCAAGAAACUCGGAUACUGCGAAGCAGCUCUCCAGUGAGGACUGUGAGAAGUUCCAAUCAAAACCUUGCCCAAUUCGAUUCGAACUUAGAUAAUUUGCUAGAAGACCUCCAGAACUCUGUUUCUCGCCCAGGCAGCUCGCUAGGACAGAAUGCAACUUCCAGCUACAAGGAAACUUCAAAGUACAUCAGCAGUGGAACGGAUGGGUAUGGAAAAACCAAUUCCCUCAAUCGAGUAACCAACUUGAAACCCUCAAAUCCUGUUACGGAAUAUUCUUCCGAUGACGCCUAUACAUAUGCGUCGCCAGACGGUAAAGGAAAAGUCCACAGUUACAAAAAGGAAAAAUAUAUGUAUGGAAAAAGCACCGUGGAACGCGAUAUCGAACCAGAGCGCUCCAGAAUGCAGAACAGCAUCAGCCAGUUGGACUCCCUGCUAGAUGAUUUGCAACAAGUCAAGAAGUCCUCCUAUUCAGAGAAAGAAACCUAUAAUGCUGGCUCCGAUCCAGGAUUUCAAACGUCGACAAAAUCAGUAAACCGCGAGCUCCACUAUGGCGACACGCCGCCCGCAUCUAAAUCCAGGACUUUCGAACGAUUGGAGGAGAAAAGUUCGUACAAAAACAACUUGGGAUACACGAGCGAAGGCACAUAUGGCGACCUCAGACCGAUGCGACCCACAUCGCCUUCGCCCUCCUCAAAAAGCUCCACCUUAACGAAACAAACGAAAGUUACAAAUGUGCAUGAGUAUCCGAUUCGAGUGGUGGAAACUCCGGUGCCAGACAUCGAUCCUGAAGUUUUGGCCCAUUUGGAUCCCAAUUUACAUCCUGCAGGAAACACGAAGGUGACAACCACAAUUAAAACGUACACCUACGAAAUCCCUGGAUCAGGAAACUACCCAACUCAAGUGCGGGAGGAUACGACAAUCAACGAAAAAUACCUGGAUAAAGUGGACAAAUACACAUACUCUCCCAACGAAACCAUCACUACCCCUAGUAAAAGCUUUGUGUACAAUAAACUGGAGAACAAAGAAAACUACUACCAGCAACAACCGCAAGAACCCGGAUGGAAAGACUCCAGCCUCAAGAAGUCCUACAAAGAAAUGGUGCAGGAUGACGUGGUCUAUUACCCUCCUUACCGGAAACCUGCGCCUCCUGCGGAGCAUACCAGUGUAAAAGAGGAGGUGACUACCAUAAGGAACUACCAGCCGGGAUAUCAGCAGGAUCCAAGCCCUCCAAAUCGCAACCAAACCUACGUAUACAACGAGUCAACCACAACGAAAAACAUUCAAAAUGCGUAUCCACCAGCGCCUCCACCCAACCAAGAAAGCAGGGAGUACAUAAUCAAUAGGGAGACCAAUAUAAUCAAUAGAGGCCAGCCGCCGAUGUCAGAAAGAGGAUAUCCCGUUUAUAACCCGCCAUCCGGCCCGGAGAAAAAAACUUAUGUACUAAAAGAGACUCACACCACUAACUAUCAAAACGGACACCCGCCUCAUACUCAUCAAUCGCCCCCUAGGGAUGUGGAAACGUUCCCUCCACAAAGCCCCCCAUAUGGACGGAAGCCCCAAGAACCCAUUAACAUUCAGUAUUCUUAUAAGUCCACUAAUACGACGGAAAACCGAUAUAAAGGAGGCUAUCCUCCGAACGAAGAGAGCCAAACUUUGCUGCCACGCAAAUUCCCCACCGACGAUGGCCCUGAUGGGCCUCCGAAGAGGAUUGAUGAACUUAUGGCUUCAAUAGGACAAGAGCCUCCAAAUAGCCCACUGAACGCUGGGUUCAAUGCACACGAAAAAGAGGUCGCUCAUAAGAAGGUGGUGGAAACAUUAAAGCAACAGAGCGCCGAUGUGGCGGACGCUCAGCAAAAGGAGCCGGCUACCAGAAAUGUGACUGGACCCCCGGUUUACUAUCCCCCAGGGCACGAGAUGUUCUCCAAGAAAGAGGAAGGAGGUGGAGGAGCAUGGAGAGCUCAGGGAGAAUAUGCUAAAGGUUCGGAAAAAUACAUGUACGCAUCAGACGGCGGUUCCAAAACCAAAACAAAGAAAGGGGUUGCAGUGGUUCCCGUUUGCUUGCCUUUGUGUUGUGGCUUGCCCUGCACUAUUUUAUAAUUUCCAUUGGAAUUUGUUUUAUAUCUUCAACCAUUUUUUUCUUUUUAUGUAUGAAUAUUUCAUCCCACGAUAGUUAAAACGAAUUCUUAACGUGCCUUAAACUGUUACUUGUGUUACGUAAUUUUAUUGUCAUUAAUAUAUACCUCACAUUACUAUACUCGACUAACGACUUUGUAGAUCUGAAUGUAUGUUAAACGGUAAUUCUACUGAUAGUUGUGAAUAAUAUUUUUGUUAAGAGGCCGUAGGUUAACGAUUUUUUUCUGUUGCUGUUCUGUAAAUAUAUAUAGAAUAUUUUGGUAAAGAGCUUUAAAUAAUUUGUAAUAUAUAUUAGUAGUUUUUAUGUUAAAUCAGACUUGACGAUCGGCAGCUCAAAGAAAGCAUAUUGUAAUAUAAUUUUACGAUUUUCUAAAUGUACUAAUGUCUUGCCAAAUUUAAUUUAAAGAGGUCAA